GCGCCGCUUUCCUUAGUGAGCCCGGGCCCCACACGACUGGGAAUAAAGCCGGGCUUGUCUGGCCCGCGGAGGCCUCGACACACUGGUGCGCGCUUUCAGUCGGGAGGGUCUGGCCGGAUUACUCUGGAGCUGGGAACCUGCCGGGGAGCUAGCGUCCACAGAGCUAAAUUGAAAAAAGAGCAAAGACCUCUUAAAAGUCAUUUGGAAAUAUCUCUGAAUAUUGUAACUGUUUAUAAGCAGCUAAAGAGAAAUGGAUCUCCAGCAAAACUAACAGAAUAAUUGAAGCAGGUUUACGUGUGUGUCAUCAGUUCUAUCCAGAAGUUGAAGAACCUUCCUUUGAGUUUAACGAUUGUGUGCAUUUUAUGAGAGAAUGACUUUUCAAUUUAAUUUCACUAUAGAAGACCAUCUGGAAGAUGAAUUAACAUCCCUUGGAGAUGGAGCUUUGGCCCUAGAUUCCUCAGAAGAGUCUUCAGUCUCAGAAAGACAAAAAGGUACACAUAGAGACAAAAAACGUCCUACAGAACAGUUUGACCUGCUUCAGGAUCAUUUGUGGGAGCAUAAGUCAGCAGGAAAUGCAGGUCCCUCUCAAGACACAGGCAGCUCACUCAAUGCAGCUAACAGUUCAAGUAGCUUGGAGCCACAUGAAAAACAGCCCUGCUUUAGAGUUGCCAAAGAGCAUGCUAUGCCUAAAGAUUUAAAGAAAGUGUUAGAAAAUAAAGUCAUAGAAACAUUACCAGGUCUCCAGCAUAUGAACAUAUCAGUAGUGAAAACCAUCUUGUUGAAAGAGAACUUCCCUGGAGAAAACAUCAUUUCAAAAAGCUUUUCUGCUCACUCUGAUCUGAUUACAGGUGUUUAUGAAGGAGGUUUAAAAAUCUGGGAAUGUACCUUUGACCUCCUGGCAUAUUUUACAAAGGCCAAAGUGAAAUUUGCUGGGAAAAAAGUGUUGGAUCUUGGUUGUGGAUCAGGGUUGCUGGGUAUAAUGGCGUUCAAGGGAGGUGCCAAAGAAAUUCAUUUUCAAGAUUAUAACAGUGUGGUGAUUGAUGAAGUAACCUUACCUAAUGUAGUGGCUAACUCCACUUUGGAAGAUGAAGAAAAUGAUGUAAACGAAUCAGAUGUGAAAAGGUUCAGGAAAUCAAAAGUAGCACAAGCACUAUGUAAAUUCCGGUUCUUUUCUGGGGAGUGGUCUGAGUUUUGUAAGCUUUUACUAAGCAGUGAAGAACGUUUUGAAAAAUAUGAUCUCAUUCUUACCUCAGAAACCAUUUACAAUCCAGGUUAUUAUGGUCCUCUGCACCAAACAUUCCUUAGAUUGUUAGAUAAAAAUGGACGGGUGCUUUUGGCCAGCAAAGCACAUUAUUUUGGUGUGGGUGGAGGUACUCAUCUCUUUCAGAAGUUUGUUGAAGACAGGAAUGUAUUUGAGAUGAGAACACUCGAAAUAAUUGAUGAAGGACUAAAGAGAUUCCUAAUUGAGAUGAAUUUUAAGUACCCCAGUUAAUGCCCACUGAGUGUCCUAAGUGAAAUAAACAAAAUAACCAAAACUUGAAUGUUCGAUUUCUGCUUUGCUGUUAUUUUUUUCUGAAAUUAUGAUAUUUAGUUUUGUUUAUCCAAAUAAGAGACCAACUAUAUUAGCGACAUUGUACUUGCUAAGUGAGACUGAAAAAAUAGUGCUCCUCAGCAUUUGAAAAGAGCUCCUAGGAAAUCAUUUUGUGGGAAAGUUUUCUGUUCUCCACUUUCAUUCAAUUUGACCUUUCUACCACCUUUAGCAUAUAAAUUUGUUCCCAGGAAAAUCUGCCAUUUUUUACCUCAAGUUUGAAUUUCUUCCCAGUCUUUGUCAGUUUCUGUUCACAUGAAGUGCCUGAUCGAUCACCAUGCUGUUAAUUCUAAAGGCAUACAUAUGCAUCACUAAAUGAUUCUGAAUCUAAAUAUUAGAUUGAAGGCCUUGGGUAACUAGGAAGAAGUUUUUGUUUUGUUUUAUUUUUAUAUUCAUUUAUCUUGUAUAAUAAGAAUUAGAAUGCUGAGCAGUUGAAUUCAACAUUAAGAUGGAAGAAAUAAGGGGAAUCAUGAUAGAGAAUAUAAAGAUGGUACAGAAAACUUACAGUGCUUGUAGCCCUUUUUAGCCAAGGAAGUAGGAGACCCUAGGGUCUUGGUAGGAGGAAAAAGAAUAGGAAACAGAAUUCCAGAUUCUGGGGAGUAAAGACUCUUCACUAGUUAAGUAGGGCAAAGAAGGGGAGAAAAAGUAUUUUGAUUCUAAUGCAAAAAUGUUCACACUUAACAUAUCUAAAAUUGGGGUCUACCUUACUGUCUAAUAAUUAUUGUACAACUGGCAGUAUUUUUUUCCUUCUUGAAGGUACCUAAAAUAAUGGUACGACUUGGAUUCAAUGAAAUGUGAUAUUUACUGGACAUCUGUUAACUAGGCACUUUGUAUAUAUCUUGCUUAAUAUUUAUAACCUCAUAAAGUAUAUAUCAUCCCCAUUUUAAUAAUGAUCAUAAUAGCUAACAGUUUUCAGCAUUUACUAUAUGCAGGGUAGAAGAGAUUUACAUGUACUAACAUAUAAUAUUCGUAACAGCCCUGAAUUAGGUUAUAAUAACUAUCUAGAUUUUAUAAAGAAAUUGAGGGACUUCCCUGGUGGUGCAGUGUUUAAAAAUCCAGCUGCCAAUGCAGGGGGCAUGGGUUCGAGCCCUGGUCCAGGAAGAUCCCACAUGCCGCGGAGCAACUAAGCCCAUGCACCACAACUACUGAGCCUGUGCUCUAGAGCCCGCGAGCCACAACUACAGAGCCCGUGCACCAAAACUACUGAAGCCCACAUGCCUAGAGCCCAUGCUCCGCAACAAGAGAAGCCCCCACUUGCCACAACUAGACCACAUACAACAACGAAGACCCAACGCAGCCGAAAAUAAAUUAAUGAACAACAACAACAACAAAAAUUGAGACUCAAGAAAGUAAGUAAUUUGAUCCCAAUCACAUUCCUGACAUUCAGAAUCAGAAUCUGAACUGAAGUCUUUUUAAAAGCUUCACUCUUCACCACCCCAGUAGUCUUACAAUGCCUAUUUUUCAUCACAUAUAUUUCUUAGCACCCUUUUAUUAUUCCGAAAUGAAAGUCAUUGUUAAAGAAACUUAUUUACACACAUCAUUAAAAAUUAUAUGUAUUAUACAUAAAUCCCUAAUGCAU